CACUUCCCACUGCCAUUUAAAAACCUCUCCAUUUCCCUCCCAUCUCCAACAACAACACACCACUCACCUUCUUCUCCUCCUCCUCCAUUCUCCUGGGAAACCUCAAGAACCCAACUCAUCAUCUCUGCUGCAACAGUUCCUGAGUUCUUGACCUUGGAUUUUGUUUUACUCCCCAGAAAAAAUGGACACCGGGGAUCUGUACAGUGCGAGGAACAGCCUCCGGCACGGCGGGUCUGCUUCCAUGUGGCGGAGCAACCCGUCGGAGUUGUUCUCUGCUUCUUCGAGGGAGGAGAACGACGAGGAAGCGCUGAAAUGGGCUGCACUCGAGAAGCUCCCCACUUACGAUCGGCUCAGGAAAGGCAUACUGGCCAGCGCUUCCAAGACUGAGCUCAGCGAGAUCGACAUCCAACAUCUCGGAACCGAGGAGAGGAAGAUUCUCCUUGACCGCCUCGUCAGAGUUGCCGACCAAGACAACGAGAACUUCUUGUUGAAGCUCAAGAGCAGAAUCGACAGGGUUGGAGUGGAGCUGCCGACGAUUGAAGUUCGAUACGAGCAUCUAAAUGUCGAAGCAGAAGCUACGGUUGGGAGCAAAUCUCUGCCCACGUUCACCAACUUCACUCUAGGAAUCUUCACGGAUCUCUUGGAUGCGAUGCACCUUCUGCCCAACAGAAAGAAACAUCUGACAAUUCUCAGUGACGUUAGUGGAGUCAUCAAGCCCGGCAGAAUCACUCUGCUUCUGGGUCCUCCAAGUUCUGGGAAGACAACGCUAUUGCUAGCUUUAGCUGGAAGGCUGGAUUCCAGUCUGAAGGUGUCAGGGAGAGUGUCCUACAAUGGUCAUGAUAUGCACGAGUUCAUCCCCCAGAAAACUUCAGCUUACAUUAGCCAGCAUGAUCUUCACAUGGGUGAGCUGACCGUCAGGGAAACGUUGGCUUUUGCUGCCAGAGUCCAAGGAGUUGGAUCUCUACAAGAUAUGUUGGCUGAGUUAUCCAGAAGAGAAAAGGCAGCAAAUAUUAAACCUGAUCCUGAUAUUGAUGUCUUCAUGAAGGUGAGUCAUCAAGGCUACUCUAUACCAGUAGCCAUUAAGUUAGCUGCAGCUACUGAAGGUUUGGAGAGCAAUGUGAUUACAGACUACAUUCUCAAGAUCUUAGGGCUGGAAGUUUGUGCAGACACUCUUGUGGGAGAUGAAAUGAUCAGAGGUAUCUCUGGAGGACAAAGGAAGCGUGUUACUACUGGCGAAAUGCUUGUUGGACCAUCAAGGGCAUUGUUCAUGGAUGAGAUCUCAACUGGUUUGGACAGUUCCACAACAUUCCAGAUUGUGAACUCCCUGAAGCAGCAAAAUCACAUCCUCAAUGGCACUGCAGUCAUUUCCCUCCUCCAGCCUGCUCCCGAGACAUACAACCUCUUUGAUGACAUCAUUCUGGUGUCCGAUGGGCAGAUUGCGUACCAAGGCCCUCGCGAAAAUGUGCUCGAGUUCUUCGAGCACAUGGGAUUCAAGUGUCCUGACAGGAAAGGAGUGGCUGAUUUCCUGCAAGAAGUCACAUCUAAGAAGGAUCAGAGGCAGUAUUGGAGUAGAAGGGAUCAACCAUACCGUUUCGUUACAACAAAGGAGUUUGCUGAGGCUUUCCAGUCGUUCCACGUGGGAAGAAAGAUCGGAGAUGAGCUGUCAGUUUCUUAUGACAAAACCAAGAGCCACCCUGCUGCCUUGUCAACCAAGAAAUAUGGAGUUGGGAACAAGGAGCUCUUGAAGGCCAACUUUGCAAGAGAGUUCUUACUCAUGAAAAGGAACUCAUUUGUCUAUGUCUUCAAGCUUACCCAGCUAAUCAUCAUGUCACUGUUUGUUAUGACGGUCUUCCUACGAACCGAGAUGCACAGGGACACGGUUGCGAAUGGGGGCAUUUACGUGGGUGCUCUCUUUUUCACAUUGGUUAUGCUCAUGUUUAACGGAAUGGCUGAGCUUCCAAUGACCAUUGCAAAGCUUCCCGUGUUCUACAAGCAAAGGAAUUUGUUCUUUUACCCGUCAUGGGUAUACUCCAUUCCGCCAUGGCUUCUGAAGAUUCCUGUCACCCUCUAUGAAGUUGCUGUUUGGGUCUUCAUGACUUACUAUGUCGUUGGUUUUGAUCCCAGCUUUUUAAGGUUGCUCAAGCUUUAUUUUGUACUGGUACUGAUUAAUCAGAUGGCAUCUGCUCUCUUUCGAUUCAUUGCCGCAACUGGAAGGAACAUGAUUAUUGCCAACACCUUUGGCUCAUUUGUCUUGCUUCUGCUCUUUGCAUUGAGUGGAUUCGUCCUGUCACGAGAGGAUGUAAAGAAAUGGUGGCUUUGGGCUUAUUGGGCAUCACCCAUGAUGUAUGGGCAGAAUGCAAUAGUAGUCAAUGAAUUCCUUGGACACAGUUGGAGCCAUAUUCCACCCAACUCUACUGAAUCACUAGGAAUCCAAGUGCUAAAAUCUCGUGGGUUCUUCACGGAAGCCUAUUGGUAUUGGCUAGGAGUGGGAGCAUCUCUAGGGUUCCUGUUCCUAUUCAACAUUUGUUUUGUCAUUGCUCUUACUUUCUUGGACAAGUUUGAGAAGCUUAAGGCUGUCAUACCUGAAGAAGGUUCUGCAGGAGCUAUUGAGAUGUCACUACACAGAACUGAGGAAAUAGACGACGAGGCCAGUGGAAGCAAGAAGAAAGGGAUGGUUCUUCCUUUUGAGCCUCAUUCCCUGACCUUCGACGACGUUAUAUACUCAGUUGACAUGCCACAGGAAAUGAGGAGCCAAGGUGUUACUGAUGACAAGCUUGUGCUUCUAAAGAGUGUUAGUGGUGCUUUCAGGCCAGGUGUUUUGACAGCACUCAUGGGAGUCAGUGGUGCUGGUAAAACCACUCUCAUGGAUGUGCUUGCUGGAAGGAAAACCGGUGGCUAUAUCGAAGGAAGUGUCACAAUUUCUGGGUUCCCUAAGAAGCAAGAAACUUUCGCUAGGAUUUCAGGGUAUUGUGAGCAGAAUGAUAUCCAUUCCCCGCAAGUUACUGUAUUCGAAUCUUUAGUAUACUCAGCUUGGCUGCGUUUGCCUCAGGAAGUAGAUGAAAAAACCAGAAUGUUGUUUGUUGAAGAAGUAAUGGAUCUUGUGGAGCUGAACCCCAUACGUAACUCUUUGGUGGGACUCCCCGGUGUGAAUGGCUUGACUACUGAGCAACGUAAGAGGCUAACCAUUGCGGUCGAGUUGGUGGCGAAUCCAUCCAUCAUUUUUAUGGACGAGCCGACCUCAGGGUUGGAUGCUAGAGCUGCUGCCAUUGUCAUGAGAACGGUGAGAAACACCGUCGACACAGGUAGAACAGUUGUUUGCACCAUCCAUCAGCCCAGCAUCGAUAUCUUUGAAGCAUUCGAUGAGCUCUUCCUGUUGAAGAGAGGAGGACAAGAGAUAUACGUUGGCCCUCUAGGCCGCCACUCCGCCCAAUUGGUGAAAUACUUUGAGGAAAUUCCAGGAGUGAGCAAGAUCCAAGACGGUUACAAUCCAGCAACUUGGAUGCUAGAGGUGACCACCACUGCGCAAGAAAUGUCUCUCGGGGUCGAUUUCACAGACAUUUACAGGAACUCGGACCUCUACAAGAGAAACAAGGCCUUGAUCAAGGACUUGAGCAAAGCAGCCCCGGGUGCCAAAGAACUCUACUUCCCAACACAGUACUCUCAACCAUUCAUGACACAGUGCCUGGCUUGCCUGUGGAAGCAGCACUGGUCCUACUGGCGAAAUCCUCCAUACACCGCGGUCAGGUUCCUAUUCACAACCUUCAUAUCCCUCACAUUUGGGACCAUUUUCUGGGAUCUCGGCGGCAAAACAACCAGGAACCAAGACCUUUUCAAUGCAAUGGGAGCAAUGUUUUCAGCAGUGGUGUUCUUGGGGGUACAGAAUGCAUCAUCAGUGCAGCCAGUGGUAGCCAUUGAAAGAACUGUGUUUUACCGGGAGCGAGCAGCAGGGAUGUACUCGGCAAUGCCAUAUGCCUAUGCACAGGCAAUCAUAGAGGUUCCAUAUAUCAUGGUCCAGUCUCUGGUGUAUGCAUUGAUCACAUACUCCAUGAUGGGGUUCGAGUGGCGCGCAGAGAAGUUCCUGUGGUACAUCUUCUUCAUGUUCACCACUCUCCUCUACUUCACCUACUAUGGGAUGAUGACCGUCGCAGUCACCCCGAAUCACCACAUUGCAUCAAUCAUCUCUUCCUUCUUCUAUGCCAUUUGGAAUCUCUUUUCCGGGUUCAUCAUCCCCAGACCGAGCCUUCCAGUGUGGUGGAGAUGGAGUUACUGGGCCAACCCGAUCUCAUGGACAUUGUAUGGUUUGAUUGUGUCCCAAUAUGGAGAUGUGAAGACACAGUUAGAUGGAGGGCAAACUGUGGAGGAUUUCCUGAGGAGCUACUUUGGGUUCAGGCACGAUUUCUUGGGUGUCAUUGCUGGAGUGAUGGUUGGAUUGGUGGUCGUCUUCGCCUUCAUCUUUGCCGUCUCCAUCAGGGCUUUCAACUUCCAGAGAAGAUAGAUAGACCCACAGCAGUCGAACAAUAAGAACACAAAACUGUUACCUUCUCUGUCUGCUACAACUUUUUGGGUUUUGUAGAUUUGUUAGGUGCUUUACAUUUGAUCACUUUGAGAUAAGCAACGUCUGCAGAUUGCUUUUAACUUUCAAGUCAUUCUGCAACAAUUUGGCGGGAGAGAGCCGCGGGAUGGCUAUCAGAUAUGUAUGUAUGUUGUUGUAAAAUUGUUUUGAUAGGCAAUAAUAUUACACAUUUGUUCUAUUCAUAUGCCAUGGCAGACUU